AUGACUGUGUCCUCCAUCCUGCCCAGAGUCGCAAAUCGUGCUGCUUGUCGGAGCAAAAAAAGCCUGAGACCCAAGAUGAAGGCAGAGAAGGAGGCUGCUGCAAAAGCCAAAAUAAUUCACCAGAUUUUAUCGCUCGUAUGUCUCGGACUCUUCAAUUCAGGUGAAGUUCUGGCGGUGAACAUGACGAUCCCCAACACUCUGAUCCGAGGCUCAGUAGGAGGCGAAGCUCUUCUGUCCAUCAGCUACAGCAGCUUCAGCAUCGACCCGCCAGUCAUCAAGUGGCAGCUCCAGAGAGAGAAGUCCAUCACCGUGGUCCAGUCGAUUGGAACCGACAUCAUCGGGACCCUGAGGCCUGACUACCGAGACCGAAUCCUGGUGUUUGAGAACGGGACUCUGCUUCUCCACAACCUCAGACCCUCUGAUGAUGGAACUUAUGACGUGGAGAUCUCCAUCACGGAUGAUACGUUUCCAGGAGAAGGCAGCAUCACACUCACUGUGGACGAGUCCAUAUCCAGGCCCUACGUCCACAUAGAGUCCUCGUCGGUGCUGGAGCUCAGUGAGAACGUCGUCCUCAACUGUUCCCAUGACAACGGAACCAGAACCACGUACAGGUGGUUCAAAGGUGGGAAGCCGCUGACCAAUGAGACGAGGUUCGUGUUGUCUCCCGACCAGAAGCUGCUGACCAUCCUGAGGGUGCUGAUGAAAGAUGACGACGUCUACAGCUGCACUGUGGAGAAUCCUGUUGGAAACGUGACCAGUUUGCCCAUCAGACUGACUGUGUACAGAAGAAGUUCCCUCUAUAUCAUCCUCUCCACUGGAGGCAUCUUCCUCCUCAUUACCUUGGUGACAGUUUGUGCCUGCUGGACGCCUUCCAAAAAGCCCAAACAUCCACCUAGAAAACCUCUGCCCAGGUUUUAUGAUCACCCUCCUCGCACACCAAUCAGUCACAUAGAUGAUAUGCUUCCAAAAAUGACGGAGCAUAAUGGGGUUAAUGCAGUAACUUCACUUUACAUCCUCCAACAAAAGGAUCCCUCCACAGACGACUCCUCCAGUAACAGUAUUGGAUCUCCGUCUGAAUUUGACAACCCUCCCUACUACUCUACUCCCCCAAAGUACACCAGACCUCUCGCCCAGUCGAAUGGAUCUCCUGCUCGGACCUCACUUCGAUACACCUGAACACUCAGAUGUUUAAAGUCUCCACAACACAGCGAGCGCCAAGUCACAGCGUCCUCACGUGUCCUGAUUCUGAUUCUCUACCUGGAGUUUGAGAAACUGUAAUUUCAACCACUGGCUGCCUCUGAUUGAGAUGUUUUAAGGUUUAGCAGCUCAGCCUGGGGAGGAACAUGAAGGCAGACAAGUUUAUAACUGACUUUGAAGACUGUAUUUGGGUUUGCCACUGAUGUUCUUGGUCACUGGACUACCAAAAUCGGGGUUAAUGUGUGAUAAAGAAAAUGCCGGGUGAGUUUCAGAAGUGCGACUCUUUUAUGUGUGAUGUUUUCUGUAGCCUUCAGUGAAAAUCUCGUGAAAUAAUGUAUAUUAGAGUUUUAGUUCUACUAGAUGAUUAAAUGGUGUUUUCAGUAUAAAUAGAGGCAGAGCCAUGUUGGAGAGGGCACCAUGGUAUUAGAAUUUUAUACCUACUUUAAUAAAAAUGUGAAGUCUUCUUUUUGCUCUAUUUCUAUAUUUUUCUUGAUGUGCUUUGAUCAGUGCUGAUACUGACAAUGGCAAGUGUAGAUUGUCUUCCACCAAUUCCAGUGAAUAAAAACCUUUUACACUUUC